AUGGCCGGAAAAUCCAAAAAACAGAAGCUCGCUGCUCCCUCAACUAAGCGUACCCUUGCGCAAUCCACUUCCAUGUCCACAGCUUCUCCCAUUCUUAAAUCUGCCUUCUCUCCAUCUUGGUCUAAGCUCUCGCUCUUUUCAUCCGUCCUACGCGGGUUGGAUGCCCAUAGGUUACGAUGCCACGAUAUAACCUCAGGUCGUCUUCAAUGCGAACAUAUCUUCGAGAAAUCUGUCGAGAUUAACUCCCUCUCUUGGGGUUCACUUGUGGAAGCUGAGGGCGAUAGGAAAAAGAAAAAGAGGAAGAGGGCUUCCAAUGCAGAUGCUAUAGUCGACGAUGAUGAGGAUGUGCAACAAAAUACUGGUGAGGUGGUCAUUGCGGCAACAGGAAGUAAUGGGAAGAUUUAUCUGUACUCUCCAGUACAAGCCGAGGUCGUCAAAACACUAGACGGAGGUCAUGUUGGACCCGUAACAGAUUUCCAAUUUGUUGAGAGUGCAAAAGGUGUUAGGGCUUGGAGCUGUGGUGGGAAUAAGCUUGUUGAAUGGGAUGUCAAGAAGGGUUCAUCAAUCAGAAACAUCUCAUUCGGCGAAACAGUAAACUUCUUCAGGACUCUCCCUUUCCCUGAUAGCAUUAUUUGCGCUUCUUACUCUACUUAUAUUGUCGACAUUAACUCUCCACCAUCUGAUUUAAUUUCAACCUUCACCUCGCAUACUUCCCAAGUUCACAGCCUUCGCAAAACCUCCAAGCAAAAUAAGUUCUUAUCUGCAGCAGACGGUGACCGCUUCAUCUACGUCUCUGAUAUCAAGAAGGAGAAGUCACUCGGCUCCCUGGUUGCCAAGAGCGACGUCACAAAAGUCGACACUGCCGCCCAGGAUACGGCCCUUAUUGCAGUUACCGCAGAUGGUGUCGUCGAAGUCUUCCAACAACCGUGGUCAUUCUCGUCCGCCUCUGAGACAGAGGAGGAAUCGUCUCUUAGGCGAAGAAAAGCCAUGACAAAGACCUCAGAAGCAAGGAUAAAGAUUGUCAGGCCCGAUAAUAAUCAAACCGUGAAGGUUAUCGAUGCUUGCUUUGCGGGCGACCAUGUGGUCGUUGCCUGGGUGGAGAAUGCCACCAGUGUGCUCUUCGAAAAGGUCAAAUGUCUAGGUGCUGACGGCACAUUGAGUAUUAACGGUGACGUUGUGAUUACCAAGGCGAAAACUGUUGGUAUUGGCGGCGCUGUGUCCGGAAGAUCCGAUGCAAACGAUAUCAAAGAUGUCAGCAACGUCAAUCUGAAACAGAGCCAUACCGUCGUUAUUGAGGGUGCCGAUACGCAAGAUAUUGGCAUGGUUGACGCUCCUGAGGACCCAGAGGCAGACGAGGAACCCGCCAAAGAUAGCGAGGACGACCAGGAAGAUAAUGCGGAUGAUCCGGAAGAACAGACUUUCGAAGACCGGAUAAAGGCUCUCAACCUUUCUGCCGGGGGAUCGGCCGGUAGUACCGAGAAAUCACAAAGAUCUGACGUAUCUCCUAUGACUAACAUUACCGUUCCAUCCAUCGACGGGGCUGCAAUCAUUGCCAAUAACUACCAGGCAGUCAAGUUCCCCAACGCCACAUCCUUGACCACUGUACUCACACAAGCGCUCAAGACCGACGAUCGCGCAUUACUAGAGACUUGCUUGCAAGUUACUAAAGUCGACAUGAUCGAAUCAACCAUCCAGAGAUUAGACUCCUUGCUUGCCGCUGAUCUCGUGAUGAAGCUAUCAGAAAUUAUUGCGAGGAAACCGGGGCGAGCUGGAAGCUUGAUGAUAUGGAUCCAGAAAACGUUGGUUAACCAUGGAGGCCACCUGCUCACUUUACCGGAUUUGGUUAGGACGAUGGCGUCGCUCCAGAGAGUACUCGGCAAGAGGGCGGAAGCCCUGCCAAAGAUGUUGGCGUUGCGAGGUAGACUUAGCAUGUUGGUGGCACAGAUGAAGCUACGGAGUAUGGCAAGGGAUAGACUGGGGGCGAGUGGCGAUUCGGCGGUGAUUUACGUCGAAGGCGUAAACAAAGACGAUGAGAGUAGCUCCGAGGAAGACGAGGAUGAAGUUAUAGGGGAUGUUGAGGAGAGCGAGGACGAGGACGACAGCGAUGGCGGAGUCAAUGGAGUUCUUGAUUCCGCUAGCGAAGGUGAAGAGGAAGACGAGAGUGACGAUGAUAUGGAUGGCCCCGGUAUCUACCUAGAUAGAGAAGCCGAGGAAACGGAUAAUGAUGACGAUUCGGACGAGGAGGGAAAUCUUGAAGGAUUUGUAGUUGACGAUGACGAAAUAGACUAUGACAGUCAAGAUGACGGAAUACUCGAUGAAAGCGAGGAGGAGGCUCCGAAGGUUGCCAAAAAGGGCAAAGGGAAGGUAACAAAAGGACCGAAGCUUUCGAGAAGAUAG